UCUUUUUUUCAUUUAUUUAUUUUCCUCAUUUUCAUUUAGCCUUGUGGAUGUUCCCAGAAAUGAUAGGCUAAAGCCAAUUCCGUAUAUCUCAUUUAUAAUGUAAAAUAUUCAGCCUCAACUUGCAGACAGUAUAUCUUUUCAAUAAAAGAUAGCAGAUGCUGUAGCAUGUCUGCCAAAGAAAGAGUCCAGUUUAAACAUUCUGCAGUAUGCAAAUGUCAUCUCCUCUGUGUGAAUGUUUUACCCGAGUGGAUGUUGCAGGGUUGGAGGCUUCUGCCUAUGAUUUAGGUUGUAAUUUUAUUUGUGGAAGUAAACCAAUCGCGGAGCUCCAAUUGUCUUGGCGGUGAGGUGAUCAAUAGCCCAUUACUGGAUAGAACAGCGGCUACAGGAAGUGCAUUGAAGAUUUUAAUGCAUGAAUUAUGCAUGCAGCACUCAUUCUUUAGUCUCCGAACAGAAUGACAGGGUUUGUGAAGUCGCCUCAGAUAGUUUCUUGCAUUAAGUGACUGCAGUGAAAUGCUUAAUAUUUUCAGGCAUAGAGGCAGCAUUGACUCAGGCCAGCCGAAUUUGGAAGAUGUAAAUCUCUCAGCUCACAGCACAGAAUGCUUUAUGUGAAAGUAUUGCUAUGUAGAGAGCCGGCUUUUCUGCCAUCUAACCUGCUCUCCCCAGGUUGGGUGAAGGAUGGGAGCGGCUGUGCCUGCCUGUGAGGUCACAGCAUGAAGUCCUUUUAACUUGCUUUCUGCUGCAGGAGAGAGUCAUAUUGAGGUAUAACUGUUGCCGUAUGUAUUCAAAUGGACAAUUUGCAAUAGAUAUUAUACCCAGGACGACAGAUAACAUAUAAGUCAUCCUGGGAAAAUUGUGGAACAGAUGCUAACUGCUAAACAGAUAACCACAAUUUCACAAAGUAAAGAAAAAAAAUGAAUGGAAAUAUCUUCAGUUCCAUUAUAUCAGUCCAUUUUCUAUUGCUUCAUAACACCUGCAACUUGGUGUUUAAUAUUAUCCAACUGCCAUAAAGCUAAAUUCUUUUUUGGAAAAUUGAACUGAACUACUGAAUACAAGAUGAAAAUGUGGUUGCUGGUCAGUCAUCUUGUGAUAAUAUCUAUUACUACCUGUCUAGCAGAGUUUACAUGGUUCAGAAGAUAUGGUCAUGGAGUUUCUGAGGAAGACAAAGGAUUUGGACCAAUUUUUGAAGAGCAGCCAAUCAAUACCAUUUAUCCAGAGGAAUCACUGGAAGGAAAAGUCUCACUCAACUGUCGGGCACGAGCCAGCCCAUUCCCGGUUUACAAAUGGAGAAUGAAUAAUGGGGACGUUGAUCUGACCAGUGAUCGAUACAGUAUGGUAGGAGGAAACCUUGUUAUCAACAACCCUGACAAACAGAAAGAUGCUGGAAUCUACUACUGUUUAGCAUCCAAUAGCUAUGGGAUGGUCAGAAGCACUGAAGCAACCCUGAGUUUUGGAUAUCUUGAUCCUUUCCCACCUGAGGAACGUCCUGAGGUCAGAGUAAAAGAAGGGAAAGGAAUGGUGCUGCUCUGUGACCCUCCGUACCAUUUUCCAGAUGACCUUAGCUACCGCUGGCUUCUAAAUGAAUUUCCUGUAUUUAUCACAAUGGAUAAACGACGAUUUGUGUCUCAGACAAAUGGCAAUCUCUACAUUGCAAACGUUGAGGCUUCCGACAAAGGCAAUUAUUCCUGCUUUGUUUCCAGUCCUUCUAUUACAAAGAGCGUGUUCAGCAAAUUCAUCCCACUCAUUCCAAUACCUGAACGAACAACAAAACCAUAUCCUGCUGAUAUCGUAGUUCAGUUCAAGGAUAUAUAUGCAUUGAUGGGCCAAAAUGUGACCUUAGAAUGCUUUGCACUUGGAAAUCCUGUUCCAGAUAUCCGAUGGCGGAAGGUUCUAGAACCAAUGCCAAGCACUGCUGAGAUCAGUACCUCUGGGGCUGUUCUUAAGAUCUUCAAUAUUCAGCUAGAAGAUGAAGGCAUCUAUGAAUGUGAGGCUGAGAACAUUAGAGGAAAGGAUAAACAUCAAGCAAGAAUUUAUGUUCAAGCAUUCCCUGAGUGGGUAGAACAUAUCAAUGACACAGAGGUGGACAUAGGCAGUGAUCUCUACUGGCCUUGUGUAGCCACAGGGAAGCCUAUCCCUACCAUCCGAUGGUUGAAAAAUGGAUAUGCGUAUCAUAAAGGGGAAUUGAGACUGUAUGACGUGACUUUUGAAAAUGCUGGAAUGUAUCAGUGCAUAGCUGAAAACACACAUGGAGCCAUUUACGCAAAUGCUGAGUUGAAGAUCUUGGCGUUGGCUCCAACUUUUGAAAUGAAUCCUAUGAAGAAAAAGAUCCUGGCUGCUAAAGGUGGAAGGGUGAUAAUUGAAUGCAAACCUAAAGCAGCACCGAAACCAAAGUUUUCAUGGAGUAAAGGGACAGAGUGGCUUGUCAAUAGCAGCAGAAUACUCAUUUGGGAAGAUGGUAGCUUAGAAAUCAAUAACAUUACAAGGAAUGAUGGCGGUAUCUACACAUGCUUUGCAGAAAAUAACAGAGGGAAAGCUAAUAGCACUGGAACCCUUGUUAUCACAGAUCCCACGCGAAUUAUAUUGGCCCCAAUUAAUGCCGACAUCACAGUUGGAGAAAAUGCCACCAUGCAGUGUGCUGCGUCCUUUGAUCCUACCUUGGAUCUCACAUUUGUUUGGUCCUUCAAUGGCUAUGUGAUCGAUUUUAACAAAGAGAAUAUUCAUUACCAGAGGAAUUUUAUGCUGGAUUCCAAUGGGGAACUGCUCAUUCGAAAUGCGCAGCUGAGACAUGCUGGAAGAUACACAUGCACUGCCCAGACAAUUGUGGACAAUUCUUCAGCGUCAGCUGACCUUGUCGUGAGAGGCCCUCCAGGCCCUCCAGGUGGUCUGAGAAUAGAAGACAUUAGAGCCACUUCUGUGGCACUGACUUGGAGCCGGGGUUCAGACAAUCAUAGUCCUAUCUCUAAAUACACUAUUCAGACCAAGACUAUUCUUUCAGAUGACUGGAAAGAUGCAAAGACAGAUCCCCCAAUUAUUGAAGGAAAUAUGGAGGCAGCAAGAGCAGUGGACUUAAUUCCAUGGAUGGAGUAUGAAUUCCGUGUGGUGGCAACCAAUACAUUGGGUAGAGGAGAGCCCAGUAUACCAUCUAACAAAAUUAAAACAGAUGGUGCUGCACCAAAUGUGGCUCCUUCAGAUGUAGGAGGUGGAGGUGGAAGAAACAGAGAGUUGACCAUAACAUGGGCACCUUUGUCAAGAGAAUACCACUAUGGCAACAAUUUUGGUUACAUAGUGGCAUUUAAGCCGUUUGAUGGAGAAGAAUGGAAAAAAGUCACAGUUACUAAUCCUGACACUGGCCGAUACGUCCAUAAAGAUGAAACCAUGAGCCCUUCCACUGCAUUUCAAGUCAAAGUGAAGGCCUUCAACAACAAAGGAGAUGGACCUUACAGCCUAGUAGCAGUCAUUAAUUCAGCACAAGAUGCUCCCAGUGAAGCCCCAACAGAAGUAGGUGUAAAAGUCUUAUCAUCUUCUGAGAUAUCUGUUCAUUGGGAACAUGUUUUAGAAAAAAUAGUGGAAAGCUAUCAGAUUCGGUACUGGGCUGCCCAUGACAGAGAAGAAGCUGCAAACAGAGUUCAAGUCACCAGCCAAGAGUACUCGGCCAGGCUGGAGAACCUUCUGCCAGACACCCAAUAUUUUAUAGAAGUUGGGGCCUGCAAUAGUGCAGGGUGUGGACCUCCAAGUGACAUGAUUGAGGCUUUCACCAAGAAAGCACCUCCUAGCCAGCCUCCAAGGAUCAUCAGUUCAGUAAGGUCUGGUUCACGCUAUAUAAUCACCUGGGAUCAUGUCGUUGCACUAUCAAAUGAAUCUACAGUGACAGGAUAUAAGGUACUCUACAGACCUGAUGGCCAGCAUGAUGGCAAGCUGUAUUCAACUCAUAAACACUCCAUAGAAGUCCCAAUACCCAGAGACGGAGAAUAUGUUGUGGAGGUUCGCGCACACAGUGAUGGAGGAGAUGGAGUGGUGUCUCAAGUCAAAAUUUCAGGUGCACCCACCCUAUCUCCAAGUCUUCUCGGCUUACUGCUGCCUGCCCUUGGCAUCCUUGUCUACUUGGAAUUCUGAAUGUGUUGUGACAGCUACUGUUCCCAUCCCAGCUCAGAAGACACCCUUCAUCCCUGGGAUGACCACAAUUCCUUCCGAUUUCUGUGGCUCCAUCCUAAGCCAAAAAAAUUAUACUUUAACAAACUAUUCAACUGAUUUACAACACACAUGAUGACUGAGGCAUUCAGGAACCCCUUCAUCCAAAAGAAUAAACUUUUAAAUGGAUAUAAAUGAUUUUUAACUCGUUCCAAUAUGCCUUAUAAACCACUUAACCUGAUUCUGUGACAAUUGCAUGAUUUAACCCAAUGGGACAAGUUAGUGUUCAAUUCAAUACUAUAGGCUGUAGAGUGAAAGUCAAAUCACCAUAUACAGGUGCUUUAAAUUUAAUAACAAGUUGUGAAAUAUACUAGAGAUUGAAAUGUUGGUUGUAUGUGGUAAAUGUAAGAGUAAUACAGUCUCUUGUACUUUCCUCGCUAUUUUGGGUACUGCAUAUUAUUGAAUGGCCCCUAUCAUUCAUGACAUCUUGAGUUUUCUUGUAAAGACAAUAGAGUGUAACAAAUAUUGUCAUAAAUCCCAUUAUCAAAUCAUGAGUUGAAAGAUUUUGAUUACUGAAAACCAAAUUCUAGAACUUACUAUCAGUAUUCUUAUUUUCAAAGUAAUUUUCUAAAUAUUUGAUUUUCAGAAUCAGUUUUUUAAUAGUAAAGUUAACAUACCAUAUAAAGAUUUUUUUUUACUUUUAUAUUCUACUCUGAAGUUUUAUUUUAUGCUUUUCUUAUCAAUUUCAAAUCUCAAAAAUCACAGCUGUUAUCUAGAGUAUCAUAAUAUUGCUAUAUUUGUUCAUAUGUGGAAUGACAAAUUUAUAAAAGUAGAGUGCUUCCUUUUUUAUUGAGAUGUGACUCAAGUCAUUACACGGUUAGGAACAAGUGACAGUUAAGUGAAUAUCACAAUUACUAGUACUUUGGUUUUUCUGCUUUAUUUCUAAGUAAAACUUUUUUACUGCAGAUGUCAGAUCAAAAAGUCACCUAUAGGUUGAAAAAGCUACAGUAUGCUUUUUUUUUAAAUUAGUUGUAAGCUCAUUUCCCACUUCAAUGCAAUACUGAAAACUGGCUAAAAAUACCAAAUCAAUAUAUUGCUAAUGGUACUUUGAAGAGUAUGCAAAACUGGAAGGCCGGGAGGAGACAAAUAAUAUGUCUUUCCGAUUAUGUCUCCCAAGUGUUGGUGCUUUGGGUUUUUAUAAGUUACGAAAAGGAAGAUGCACAUUUUUUCAUUUUCCAUGGUGUGCACGGAAAUGUUUGAGUGUGGAUGUGAAAGAAAUCGAGUAAUAAAGAAUUAGCUGGCUCAUGAAAUAGUGCAAUGUUGGAUGCUUCAAGAGGUAUAAUCCUAUUUUAUUAGCACAAACUUGCUAGCUAAUUAGAGUUUAUCUUUUUAGAAAGGAUACCGUAUAGGUUCGUAAAAAAUAUUUACAGGAAGCAAAAUAGAUCUAUUACUACUUUACCCCUUUUUCUUUAAUUUGUAUAAUUUUUGUACUAUAUAUCUAUGUGUAAAUGUUUAGAGCCUUCAUUAUGAAAAUAUCAAUAAAUAUUUCAUUAGUUUACAUUUAACCCUUUGUUAUAAAAUGAAACUUUUAAAAAUAAGUGAAAUGGAUGAUUUCCCAUUGGAAGUAUGUCAACAGUCUUAUUAUCAUUGCCAGAUUUCAUAAUAUUUAAGUAUUUGAAAAAGAAACAAAAUGUCUUCAUACUUUAAGGAAUCGAAUACUCUGUAUAUCUUCUGUACAAAUGUUUGUGUUUUCAUUGUUACACUUUGGGGUUUUACUUUUGCAAUGUGACCUAUGUUGGGCAUUUUUAUAUAAUCAACAACUAAAUCUUUUGCCAAAUGCAUGCUUGCCUUUUAUUUUCUAAUAUAUGGUAAUAAGGAACAAAACUGGUUAGAUUUUGCAUGAAGUGGUUCUGAAAGGUAAGAGGAAAACAGACUUUGGAGGUUGUUUAGUUUUGAAUUUCUGACAGAGAUAAAGUAGUUUAAAAUCUCUCGCACACUGAUAACUCAAGCUUUUCAUUUUCUCAUAGAGUUGUACAGAUUUAACUGGGACCAUCAGUUUUAAACUGUUGUCAAGCUAAUAAUAAUCUGCUUUAAGAUGCAAGAUUCUGAAUUAAACUUUAUAUAGGUAUAGAUACAUCUGUUGUUUCUUUGUAUUUCAGGAAAGGUGAUAGUAGUUUUAUUUGAUACUGAUAAAUAUUGAAUUGAUUUUUUUAGUUAUUUUUUAUCAUUUUUUCAAUGGAGUAGUAUAGGACUGUGCUUUGUCCUUUUUAUGAAUGAAAAAAAAAAUUAGUAUAAAGUAAUAAAUGUCUUACUGUUACCCAAGAAAGAACAACUGUCCUUUCAAUUUACCUCAAGUUUAAAUUUAUUUUUAGAAGGUUUUCAUUACAAGUUCAAUAGAAGGCAAUAAAUAUUCUGGUUAAGAAACAGUUUAAUAUUUGAAAAGUUCUACGAAAAGUUCACGCAUAGGAAUACACACAGAGUCAUUAUUAGAUUGAAAUAAGAUCACCUGGUAAAUAACUUCAACUCAUGAAGAUGUCAGUGAAUAUCAUUCAAUCUAAAUUGAAAUACUAGCAUAAAACAUUCAUGCUAGAUGCUAAGAAAAUGAGACUCUUUAACACUGAAUGAGCUGACCCUGGAAUAGAGGUACCUGCAUAAUGGCAUGAAUCUAUAGGAGGAAUGUAAAGCCUCUGAGUCCUGAGACAGGCUAGGCCCAGAAAACUGCAUGCCAGAGCUGCCUGUGUCCUGCCUUCUCAUUUUCUCCUGUGUUCUAAUCGUGGUUUCACAAUGGGAUUCUUGCCUCCCUUCUUAUAUUAUGAAGCUUGCCUCACCCUGGGUUCUGGUUUUCCUUUUUGGACCUUGUAUCUGUUUCUAGAUCUUAAGUAUUAGAUUGCUUCUCAUCUAAUAUUUUGUAUUGGUAUUUGACCUUCAACUGACCCCAGCUGACAUUCUCUAGGCUUUGAAGGAUCAAAGCUUCUUUCUGAGAGAGUGUGUUCCAUGUUACUGAUUCUCAAACCUGGUUGCCUGUCAGCAUCACCUGGAGAAUUAGAAAAAUUAAAAUAAACUCCCUGGGCCUCAGUCCAGAUUCACCAAAUCAGAAUCUGAGGCGUGGGCUAUAUUUUGGAGGGAAUGUUCAGUACUGUCUGCUAAGGGGUUGAGUUUGAAGUUUUCAUAAUCACUACAGGCUAAACCGAUAGUGUUAGCUGAAACAACAGUAUAUUUCAAUAGCAUGUCUACAUAACUUAAUGUCUCUUAAGAAAAAAAAGAAUCCAUAACCUCGGCUUACCUAAAUGCUGAUUUGUUUAUAAUUAUUAUUGUCUUCUGUUCUACAUCUUAAUAUCAAAAUAUAAUACAGUUUUUGUCUGGCAAAAAUAUUCCCUACCUUGUUUGUAUACAAACUGCAGACAUAAAUGUACCUCAGAAGAUUUCUUCUCUAAAGGAAUGUGGACUUUUUCUUUUUCCUUCAUGAUACUUGGAAAAUGAAUUAAAUUUUAAUGGUUAAUUUCCUGAGUCUAUCAUCUUCUGAAGGUUGCUAAUAAAAAGAAAAGAUGAAAGUUA